CCAGCACUGAGGGCAUCUGAAGUUCCCAAUGUGGCGCCCUUGGGAGUGGCUUUCCAAUCCAGCACUUUCAGUCCUGAAGCAGUUGCUAGUAAUGCCAUUGACGGUUCUACAGAAGGUGACUAUGGGCAAGGCUCAUGCACCCACACAGAGUAUGAAAGUAAUCCAUGGUGGAUAGUGGACUUGAAGGCAGAGUAUCGUGUAUUCCGGGUCAGCAUCAGCAAUCGGAGAGACUGCUGUUCAUUUCGGAUAAAUGGGGCUGAAAUCCGAAUUGGAAACUCAACAGAAGAAGGGGGCACCAAAAAUCCGAGAUGUGCUACAAUCGACGACUUGGGCCCAGGGGAAACCCGGAGUUUUUAUUGUGAAUUUUCACAAGGACAGUUUGUGACUGUUCACCAGCCAGAAGGAGGAAUUCUCACACUUUGUGAAGUUCAGGUGUUUGGACUGAAGAUAGAUUCUACCAAUGAGCAAAGCAAGCUAUCCAGGCCAGUAAUGGAACUGGAAGAAGGAGAACAAGUCAAGACAUCUGUCCCCAAUGUGGCUGUCAGAGGGAAGGUGUUUCAGUCGAGCACCUAUAAUGAACUUGGGAACCCCGACAAUGCCAUUGACGGUUCAAUAUCUGCAAACUAUUUGCGAGGGCACUGCACCCAUACACAACUAGAAAUUAAUCCUUGGUGGACAGUGGACUUGACAGCAGAGUUUCGAGUGCACAGAGUGGGCGUCACCAAUCGGGGAGACUGCUGUUCAGAGCGGAUCAAUGCAGCUGAAAUUCGAAUAGGAAAUUCACCAGAAAAGGGAGGGAUCACAAAUCCAAGGUGUGCCACAAUUACCUCACUGGGGCCAGGGAAGACAGCUGUUUUUGACUGUGGAGAAAUGCAAGGACGGUAUGUAACUGUUACCAUCCCAGGUGUCCGGAUUAUCUCACUCUGUGAAGUCCAAGUGUUUGGUGAAAAGGUUAAUUCCUCAGAUUUUGCUAACAAGAAAGAAACUUCACCUGGAGAAGAAGACACAGAAGUUACUUCCGCUAUUGAAAAAUGGGUGAAGCAGAAAGAACUUAGACCACCAUUGGAACAGAACAGAGGGAAGCAAGCUUAUUUAACUGUCUACAAUGCAGCCCUUGAUGGAAAGGCAUUUCAGUCAAGCUCCUACUCCAGUCUGGCAUCUGCUGAACAUGCCAAUGAUGGCUCCACAUCUUCUAAUUUUUUGCAAGGACACUGUACCCACACAUUGCUAGAAGCUAAUCCAUGGUGGACAGUGGACCUAAGGGCAAGAUUUCGAGUUCUCAGUGUAGUUGUCACUAAUCGUGGAGACUGCUGUGAAGAACGGAUACAAGGUGCUGAAAUCCGAAUAGGGGACUCAAAAGAUGAAGGUGGUAUUCGAAAUCCCAGAUGUGCUACAAUCAGCUCCAUGGAUUUGGGAGAAACUCACAAAUUUGAGUGUGAAGGAAUGCAAGGACAGUAUGUGACCAUCACUAUUCCAGGCACACCCAAAUACCUCACCUUGUGUGAAGUACAAGUCUUUGGUCAGCGGAUAAUGCCUCUUGUCCCCAACGUGGCCCUUGAAGGGACGGCAUUCCAGUCCAGCACCUACAACAAACUGGGGUUUGCAGAGAAUGCCAUUGAUGGGUCCACUGCAGUCAACUUUAUGCGCAAAUCAUGCACUCACACGGAUCUAGAAUUAAAUCCAUGGUGGACAGUUGAUCUGAAGGCCGAAUUUAACAUCUCAAGCGUUAGUGUCACCAAUCGAGAAGAUUGUUGUGCAAAUCGGCUUAAUGGAGCUGAAAUCCGGAUUGGGAACUCACUAGAGAGAGGAGGCUCUACAAAUCCUAGGUGUGCUAUAAUAGCCUCACUCGGUGCUGGAGAAACUCAGAAUUUUGAUUGUGAAGGAAUCCAAGGGCGAUACGUUACUGUGACAAUCCCUAGGAUUCAGUUUCUCACACUGUGUGAAGUCCAGGUGUUCGGAGUGAGGGCAAAUCCCUUGGCUCCCAAACAUAUGGAUGAUCCAGAUAUUUUAUCAUAGAUGAAGAAAGUAUAAAUGACACAUGUCCUCAGCAAGGAUUUCUUUUCCUGAUGAAGCUGUCAAAACCCAUGUUGUCUUAAAAUCCAUGUACAAUAGUUUUUCUUCACCCAAGUAGAAUUGUAGAGUUAGUAAACUAUCACGAAUGAGUUGUAUUCCCAGUUGUAUUUUCUACAGUGAGUUCAAGGAUAAGAGACAAAUGGUACCCGGAGUUUGGAUGUGAAUAAUUUCUGGAGAUUUCUCCCCUCCCUUUAAACUGAUCAUCUUUGGAAACUGCAUGUGUUUAUGUCAAAUCUUGGAAAAGUCAUUCUUCUAAAGUACAUUUCUAAAGUACUGCUCCCAGAAUGGCAACUCCCAAUGAGAAUUCUGGGAGCUGUAGUUCAAAAUAAACAAUAAAAUACAAAAUCAUAAGCUCUG